AUGUACGAUCUAGUCAUCUCCAAUGGAUACAUAGUGACUGGCGCCGACAUUCUUCCUCCGUCCGUAUAUAUUGGCGUCAAGGAUGGCAAGAUUUCAACCAUUACUACCGAGAAGAUCGAUGGAAAAGAAAAGAUCGACGCUAACGGUGCAUUUAUCACUCCAGGAGGAAUUGAUGCCCAUGUCCAUAUAGAAGAAACCAAUCUUCCGUAUUGUGACACCUUCUUGAACUGCACUAAAGGUGCUUUGGCUGGAGGUACCACCACGAUCAUCGCAUUUGCUAUACAGCUGGUAAGCGACACUGAAGAGAGUACCACAAUUCUCCAAGAUAUCGAUGACUAUAAGCAGGUAGCUAAUGGAAAAUGUUACUGUGACUAUGGGUUUCACCUCAUUGUGAGAAAUCCUACCAAGCUGCUCAUUAAGAAUCUUUCUCAAGUCAAAGAGAAGGGAAUCUCCAGUAUCAAGGUUUAUACUACUUACGAGACGCUACGUCUUGACGAUUCUCAAUUGCUAGCGAUUCUUUUGGAAAACAAACGGCUUGGAAUCACUCAGAUGAUUCACGCUGAGAACCACGACAUCAUCAAGUUUUUCAACGAAAAAUUAGAAGAGAAGCUGCUUCUUGAUCCAUACUACCAUGCCGUAUCUAGGCCGCGAGUGGCCGAGGAUGAGGCAAGUUAUAGGGUCAUUUCGCUUUCUAAAGUGAUAGAUAUCCCUAUUUUGAUUGUCCAUAUGUCUGCCAAAGAGGCUCUCGACCAUGUUCGAAGAGCUCAAAACAAGCUCAUUCCAAUUAUGGCCGAAACAUGUCCCCAGUACUUGUUUUUGACGUCAGAAGCACUCAAAGGAUGUAACGGAUAUCAUGCAGAUCAUCUUGCCAACCUUGACCAUGACCAUGACCAUAGUCAUGACUCCUUCGAGGGUGCUAAAUAUGUCUGUUCUCCUCCAUUAAGAGAGUCUGAUGAAGAUCUCAAUGGAGUCUGGCAGGCCAUUCAGAACGGAACAGUGACUAUCAUGUCAAGUGACCACGCUCCAUCCAGCUAUGACGAUGUCAAGGGCAAGAAACUAGGACUUAUAGACGGAAAACCUGACUAUAAGAAAAUUCCCAAUGGGCUACCAGGAAUCGAAACCAGAGUUCCUCUAAUGUUUGCGUAUGGAGUCGAAGGAGAGAAGAUAUCAGUGCAGAGAUUUGUAGAGAUCACCGCCACCAACCCAGCUAAAUUGUAUGGUUUGGGAGACCGUAAGGGAAGCAUCCAAGUGGGGUUUGAUGCCGAUUUGGUGAUUUGGCAUGCUCAUGGAGAAAUCGAUUUCAAUCUCAAAAACUCCAUGUUGACUCACAAAUUCGACUACACCCCUUUUGAAGGAAUGAGGUUUACUAAUUGGCCCAAAUAUACUGUUCUUCGUGGGAAAGUGGCGUAUGACUAUACUAAGAAACAGGUUUUGAGCACCCCAGACGAAGGUCAAUUCUUGCACCGGAAGGAGAAUACGUUGAAAAAAGCGUUAUCAGCGAAAAUCAACAACAUUUUAGAUUAG